AUUGCACCAAAGAUUAAGGUAUCUUGAUCUUUGAUUGUAUCACCAGUCUUCAAUCAAUACUUACUUAUUCUUAGAAGUGAAUAAUUCACAUUUCAUAAUAAAAAAGUUGAUCUAUUUUAAUACCAAAACAAACAUGAAUACAUUUAGUUCAUUAGAGCGUCCAUUGAUAGGGCCAAGUGAUCCUUUAAAAUUGUUGGUGUGCAAAAAAUGCAAGAAAGAUGAUGUUGUCCUGAACCUGAAAACUUGUGGAUGCCUUUUAUGUGACUCUUGUGACGGUGAUUCUAAAGAUCUAUGUGUUUCAUGCCAAUCUAGAAUCGAAUCAAAGUUAAAGUUGUCAUUCUCAAAGAAUCGAAGAUGCGAAUAUUAUGAUCAAAACAAGUGCAAUAGUAAUGCUGAAUACAAGUGUAAUUGUAUUCCAGACUGUUUUGUCUGUAGUUCAUGCCUUACCAACAUUCACAGGAAAAGAGUCCGCGGAUCAUGUGUUCCUGAACUUUUGAUUCCUAAAGUUACAACUAACCAUGAAACAUGUCAAUUGUGCAAAGAAUUUAUUGCUGAGUUUAAAAUGGCUUCUGAACCUUAUACGAAAAUUUGCUUCAAUUGUAAAAAACGAAAAAAUGUUACCUGUACUUCAAUUGAAACAGAUUCUGAUAAAGACACAGAUUUUGAUCAAUUUUAUGAAGAGCUUGGACAAUGCUCACGGAGCGUUUUAGAUGAAAUUAGCGAUAUGAAAUCAUUGGGAACAAGUAGACCUGAACAGGAGAUGCAAAAAUGCAUGUCUGCACUAUCUGAAAUACGAAAAAGUAUGGCUGAACAUACACAAUUUGUCGAACACAAAAGAGACAGCUUCAAAAAGAUUUCAAACGUUUUAAAGCCCAAUGGUACAAUCAAAACUAUUCUUGAUCUACUCAAAAAUGGACAAUUGGCGCUACAUGGAGAAAAAGGAAAAGCGCAAAUACGUGAUUUGUUGCAUUAUUACGAAGAAAAAAAUAACUAUUCUCGUUUUUCUUUAGCUGAACAAAUCAAGUCAUUUGUUAUACAAAACGAUUCCAGUAGGCAACAUAUUUUGAAGUUUCCAUUGCCUGCGUCGUCCAACUCAGGUGUUUCGACAGAUUCGGAUACAGGUGUUCGAGAAAUUAAAGACAAUGGAGUAAAGCCGUUCUUUGUUUUGGUCGAGAAACCAUCUCAAGUAAAUGAGCGUAGAAAAAUACUAGAAGAUAUUCAGAAACAUGAAGAUAAAUGGGUACGCAAAGAACGUUUUGAUCACGGCGAGAUUGUGAUUAUAUUUGAUGCUGAUGCGACUGAUAGUCCCAAAUACAAGAGAGCGAAAAUCUCAAGAAUAGGAAAUCGUAAAUGCAACGUCUCUCUGCUUGAUUUUGGCUAUAAAACCCAAGUCGAAAAUAGUUUAGUUGGGGAAAUUAAAGAUUUGCAAAUUGAUGGAACACCAACUUGUUUCCUUGCUCAACUCACUGGAAGUAUUAAUGUAAAGUGUAUGAAUCCAGAGGUGACUGAGUUUUUUCAAUUACCCAAGGCUUAUACCAUUUUUUUAUAAGACAUUGAUAUAAGUAAUGAUAAGACUCUCGACAUCUUCACGGAUAGCCUAGGAUGGCGCAAUUAAAGACGUAAUUUGAAGAUUACUGAAGAUUUUAAAUUAUUAUUACUUUUAAAAAGUAAAUAGAGAUCAUAAGAUAAAAAGUUCAGUCUUUAGACAUUUCAUUUCAGCCUUUUCUGUUAUUUUGUUAACAAAACUUGUAAAUAAAGAUUUUAUUCUCGAAGUGGUGACAUCUAUGUGAACUAAAGGGGGAAAUAAUUAAAUUUUACAGUUUUAACAGUUAGACCACUCUGAUGACUCCCCCUGAAGGGAAAAGGAUGAAAGGCUUAAGGGAGUCACUAGACUUUAGGAAAUACUUCAGUCUAUGAAAAAAUUAAGUAAAUAGUAAUUAGCAGGCCGUUUUAAUGCGAAUUGUUUCUAAUUUGAGGACUUCUUAACGAUUAACAGAACAUUGGAAUGUAAGAAAUAGGACAAAAAAUAUAAUCGAAACAAGAAAUACUCGUAAUGCAGAAAAUAUCGAUAAGUUUAACAGAUAUUGAGAUUGGUAUCGAUAGUAUUACUCAAAAAUAAAAAAUUGCUUUAACACUAUGACGAAACAUUUGCUCGUUUGCCAUCAAGUUCAGUCGAAAAGCUAAGCUACAAUUGUAUCUUUAACUUAAAUUGUAUCACUCAUUUCCUAUUUAGCAGUGCGUAACUCAAAUCUUAUGAAAAUCAACAAAAGUUGAUACUAAAAUAUGAGUACAGUUCAUCCAUUAAAGCGUCCAUUAACAGUUCCUAGUGAUCCUUUAAAAUUGUUGGUUUGCAAAAAUUGUAGAAAUGAUAAUGUUUUUUUGAACCUGAAAACUUGUGGAUGCCUUUUCUGUGACUCUUGUGACGGUGAUUCUCGUGAUAAAUGUAUUUCAUGCAAUUCUGAGCUCGAUCAAAAGAUAAAGCUGCUAUUCACAAUGAAUCCAAGAUGCAAGUAUUAUGAACACAACAAGUGCUACAAUAUUGCUGAAUACAAGUGUAGAUGUCUGCCGAACUGUUUUGUUUGUAGUUCAUGCCUUACCUACAUUCACAGGAAAAGUGUGCUGGAAUCUUGUGUUCCUGAAAUGUUGACCCGCGAAAUUACCACUAAUGAUGAACUAUGUGAAUUGUGCAAAGGAUUUUAUGCCGGAUUUAGACUGACUUCACCACCGUAUUCAAAAAUUUGUUUGGAUUGUAAAACAAAUAGUAAUGCUGCAUGUACUCCGAUUGAAGAAACUUCUGUUAAAGACGAAGAUUGGAAUCAGUUUUAUAAAGAUUUUGAACAAACUGUACAAAAUGUGUCAGAUAAAAUUAAAAUAAUUGAGGAUGAAUUAGUUGCAAGCAGUUUAGCUCGUAAACAGGAGAUAAGAAAAUGCCAAAAUGCAAUUUCUGAAAUACAGAAAUGUUUGCACUUAUAUAAUAUAAAAUAUCAAAUACACAUCUUGUUACUUAAACAGCAGCUUGACGAUUUCAAAAAGAUUUCAGACAUUUUGAAGCCUGAUGGCAAAGUUAAGACUAUUCUGGAUCUACUCAAAAACAAACAAUUGACUUUACAUGGAGACGCAGGAAUAACCAAUCUGUUGAACUAUUAUCAAGAAAAAAAUCCUCGGUGUCCUGUCACUGAACAAAUCAAGACAUUUGUUAUACAAAACGAUACAAGUAGGCAACAUCUUUUGGAGUUUCCAUUGCCUACCACAGUCAACACACCUGUUUCGGAUGUAAGUUUUCAAGAAAUUAUCGACAAUGGAGUCAAGCCGUUUGUAAUUUUGGUUGAGAUACAAUCUACAGCAAAUAAGCGUGAAGAAAUACUCGAAGAUAUUGAGAAACAUCAAGAUAAAUGGGUGCGCCAAGAAAGUUUUGCUGUGAACGACAUUGUCAUUAUAUUGGAUGUUGAUGCAACUGACAGUCACAAAUACAAGAGGGCUAAAAUUUUGGAACGAGAAGACAACACGUCCAAAGUCUUUCUGCUUGACUUUGGUUUUGAAAUUGCAGUCGAAAAUAGUUCAAUCGGUGAAAUUAACGGAAUCAAUAUUGAUGGGCAAAAAUCUUGUUUCCUUGCUCAACUCACAGGAAGUGUUGAUUUAGAAUGUUAUUAUGAUAAGCAAAAGGAUUUGAUUUCCAAAAUUUUCCAAAUCCAAAAUGAAUAUCCUAAGGCUCAGCACUUACAUGUAAUUGAUUAGUCAGAGCGAAGUUUCUUUUCAAUUUUUCUCCAAUUCAAACAUAAUUUCGAGACUGAUUGGUCAGGAUCAAGAUUGAAGUUAUUGAACUUAUAUUUUAACUUCAUUUUCUUUAACAAAACAUUUUCCGAUUGCCAUAUUAAUAGAAUCCGAGCAAAAUGGAAAUAAUCGGAAAGCGAACCAGACUCAUUAUUUUGU